GCCCCGGCGCCAGCCAGCCAAUAAGGAUCAUCUUCACUGCGUUAGCCUGUUCUCCGGCUGAACGACAUUUCAGUGGGUAAAUCAGUCUGUCCCGUUCAUCAUGGCGUCUGGAGCUUUGUUCCCCAGCAUGGCGUCUGGGUCCCGCGGCUCCUCCAGCAAGUACCUGGUGGAGUUUCGGGCCGGUAAAAUGACCAUGAAAGGCAGCACGGUGACCCCUGACAAGCGCAAAGGUCAGGUGUACAUCCAGCAGACCGACGACUCCCUCAUCCACUUCUGCUGGAAGGAUCGGACGACCGGGAACGUGGAUGAUGACCUGAUCAUCUUUCCUGAUGACUGUGAGUUCAAACGAGUGAGCCAGUGCACCACCGGACGAGUCUAUGUGCUGAAGUUCAAAGCCGGCUCCAAAAGACUCUUCUUCUGGAUUCAGGAGCCAAAGACUGACAAGGACGAGGAGCACUGCCGCAAAGUGAACGAGUAUCUCAACAACCCUCCGAUGCCUGGCGCUCUCGGUAGUGGCGGCAGCGGAGGACAUGAUCUGUCCGCUCUGGGAGGGGAGGGUGGUCUGCAAAGCCUUCUGGGUAACAUGAGCCACAACCAGCUCAUGCAGCUCAUUGGACCAACUGGACUGGGGGGGAUCGGUGGUCUCGGGGCACUGGCUGGUCCCGGAUUGGCCAACCUCCUGGGGGGCGGCGGCGGCGGCAGCAGCAGCAGCAGCAGCAGCAGCAGUGUUCCCGCAGCCAGUAACUCCUCCACAAGUCCGUCCACAGCCGUCACCCCCACCCCCACCUCCACCUCCACCUCCACCUCUGCUACCAGUCGGCUCGCCUCCACCCCGGUGCCGACGACCCCCAUCACUCCCUCAGCGGCCUCCCCCACAGCCACCACACCCUCCACCCCUGCGGUUUCCUCUGUGGCGGCGGGGGCAGCUAACCCUGCACAGCCCAUCCAGCUGAGAGACCUGCAGAGCAUCCUGGCCACCAUGAAUGUGCCCGCCAGCGGACAAGGAGUGGACCUUGCCAGCGUCCUGACCCCUGAGAUCAUGGCUCCCAUCCUUGUGAACCCCGAGGUGCAGCAGAGGUUGACUCCUUAUCUGCCCUCUGGAGAGUCCCUGCCUCAGAGCACGGAGGAGCUCCACAACACGCUGAGCUCGCCUCAGUUUCAGCAGGCCAUGAGCAUGUUCAGCAGCGCCCUGGCGUCCGGGCAGUUGGGGCCUCUGAUGAACCAGUUCGGUUUGCCGGCUGAGGCUGUGGACGCAGCCAACAAAGGAGAUGUCGAGGCUUUUGCCAAAGCCAUGGAGACGAAGCCGGACCAGGAUGGAGACUCCAAAGAGAAGAAAGACGACGAUGAAGACAUGAGUCUGGACUAAGAAUUCUUAAAGUUUAUUAUUUAAGGUAUUUAUUUAGCUGCUUCACUCGUUUUGUAACUAUUAAACAUUAAGGAUAAAGAUCGUAUAGUAGAGAAUGUCACUAAGACUCCCUCCCUUGCUGAUAGUGCCGUGUUCAUCCUCCAACAGUGUUUGUUGUUAUCAAAAGGAGGAAGCUGAGUGAACAUGGAACCACCUGCAGUAAAAUUAUGAAACAUG